AGCACCUCCCACUGCUUGCACUACAAUGUUAACCAAGCUACUCACUGUGACUCUCGGCGCGCUGUCAUUCGUCACUGACAGCGCCGUUCCUUCGUGGGACAACCAACCGCAAAACCCUCAAACGCUCUCAGGGCUGCAUCGCCCGCAGGAGGGACCGAACGUCCAGCCGACGCCCGGAACGUACCGCAUCGUCACCCCCAACUACGGCUACGCCGAAAUCCGCACGUACCGUAUCGGGGAGGCCCUCUAUGUCAGCCGCACCCGUGAAUACUCGGGACCCUAUGGAUCGUUCGAGCUGAUGCAGAUGGACGACACGGGCAACGUCUUCGGGCUCAAAAAUGUCGGACAAGGCUCUUCCAUUGUCAUUGACGGCGAUAACAAAUUCGUCACCACGACCGACGACUACAUGCCACAAGGAUUCACGAUGGAGCGCACCGAGACGGAGGGCUUCUUUAUGAUCCGCACUACCGAUGGAACUGACCGCGUGUGGACGCUCAACCCCGAAGAAGGUCCUAUGACCCAACGGAUCAUGCUUGCGCCGGCUUCCGACGACUCUGAAGAAGCGAACCUCGACCAGCGUUUCAGACUCGUCUCGCCAGACUCCGACGAUGCCCCCCGUGUCGUUGCACCCUCUGCCAAGUUCGCGCACAAGCACAAGUCGUCGUCCCCAAUCUCGCCUGGCCGGUACCUGAUCCACGACUCGUUGGCCCACGGCAUGCUGCGCAGCUACAACGCCGGCCAGGACGCUUUCACGAGCAUUUCGCGAGAGUAUCCCGGGGCCUUCGGUGUCUGGUCUGUUGAGGGAGACGACAAAUCUGGAUACACUAUCACUAACGUCGGACUCAACUUGCCUCUGCGCGUCACCCACUCGAACACACUCGCCACGAAGCUCGGUGCGAAGGGCUCCAAGUUCAUGUUCGUCAAGCGCGGAGACAACGGCCGCAUCGGUGUUGAAUUGAUGGACGGGAAGGGUGUUUGGCACUUGGACGACAGUCAAGGCCUGGGUCACUCUGUGAUUCAAAUCAACCGCAAGGACCCCAACUCGAAGAUGCAGGAGUUUGAGUUUGUAUCAAUCGACAAUUGAUCGGUGGGAAGUUCUCUGAUAUGAACGUACCGCGUCGCUGCUGCAACUGUGUCUGUAUAGUAAUGUGAUUGUACUUGUCUCACUUUUCAAUUCAACUGAAGAGCGCGCCAUUAGUAGUCAAUCGAGAGGAAAUAUUUCGUCGCCGCUCACAAAUCAUAUUGAAGUAAAUCUU